CUAGCUGGGCUUCAUUACAACCACGUGCCUCGGCACACACGGAUUCCCCAGCACAGCUGAGCUCCCCUUCCAGCCUGGGGCUUCCCAGAUUGCAGGCAGCAAUAUGUUUGUCUUUAGCCUGAUCGGUGUGGGAUUUUAUCUGCAGCUCUUUUGUUUUGUUUUUUCUCAGACUUCCUUCAUGGACAGUGUCUUUCCCAUACCUGCAGCGUUGGCUUCCUUUGAGCAGAAGAAACGAAGCAGUAGCAAAUUAUGUUGUAUUCUGUCUCCACCACCACCACCAUUAUUCCCUCCUCUGCCAUUCUUCAGAGAACGAAACUGGGAGCCUCCAAUGGUUAAUUCAGUGACUAAUCCUACAGUUACUUCAUGUGUGCCAGGCCCGCAAGGACCAGAGGGACCUCCUGGCCCACAGGGCCCACAAGGUGCUGCAGGGUCAACCGGACCAAAAGGAGAGAAAGGUGAAAUCGGCAGGCCAGGAAGAAAGGGUAGGACUGGCCCACCUGGUGUUCCUGGAAUGCCUGGACCUAUAGGCCCUGCAGGACCAAUGGGACAGAAGGGAGAAAAGGGUGAUUCAGCAAUACUGGGAGUGCCGGGCUCCAGAGGACCAAUGGGCCCUAAGGGAAUGAAAGGAGAUAUGGGUGAAAUGGGCCCCACAGGUGAACUGGGACUUCCAGGAAUGCUGGGACAAAAAGGAGAAAUGGGCCCAAAAGGAGAGCCUGGUGUCCCUGGAAACAGAGGUCCAACUGGGAGACCUGGCAAACGAGGGAAACAGGGGGAUAAAGGUGCGACUGGAGCCACAGGGCUUAUGGGCCCUCCUGGUAGACCAGGUUCCUCUGGACCUCCUGGACCACCAGGACCAGGGCAUCUUACGGUUGGACCAAAAGGAGACAGAGGAAUUCCUGGGCCACCAGGAAGAUGUCUCUGCAAACACCCUCAGUCUGUGACUAACCCACCCUAUGAUGACAAUUUCAACGGGCACAACUUUGCAAAGAUAUUUGUGGUUAACAGUCAGGAGGAACUGGAUCAUCUGAAUACAGACAACGCCUUAGCAUUUCGGAAAGAUAUGAGGUCCCUCUAUUUUAAGGACACAAACGGGUGGUUUCCUAUUCAGCUCACUCCUUUCCGAAGUGGCAUCGAUUAUGGCAAUACUUGUGGAGAUGGAAUUAUCCAGCCAGGAGAGGAAUGCGAUGACGGCAAUAAAAUUGUCACAGAUAGCUGUAUAAGAUGUAAGCGUGCCUUUUGUGGAGAUGGUUAUCGGCAAGAAGGCAUUGAAGAAUGUGAUGGCCAAGACUUUGGAUUUCAUUCAUGUGGAUCUUAUCUGCCAGGGUCAUAUGGGCAUUUACGCUGCACUACCUACUGCUAUAUUGACUCCACACAGUGUCGAUAUUUCACAUGAAAAGGGGGUGAGCGGCAGAGAGUUAAAGGCGAUGCCACAGAUACAUCAGGUGCUAUCGUAAAAGAAAAAAAUCAACAAAGACUGGGCAAAAUACUUAAAAGCAUUGGAAAUGUAUUGCUGCUGAUGGCUUUUUUUGAGAAUUGUUUUACUUAUGCCUGACUGGAAGAACUAGGACCACUGCAUCCUGUCUUAACAAAACAUGCCAAACAGCACUUUCCAGCAACUUGUUUUUUAACGUUUAUGCAAGGUAAGCUUUAGAGACACACAAAGGCUGCUGGGGAAAAAAACACAAUCUCACUCAUCAGGAAUAUUCUAUGUAUCAAAACAACAUUACCUCGACUUAGCACUGUUAUAGAUGUAAUUUACACUUAUUCAGGUUUUAUUUUGUAUUUUUUUUUGUUUCUCUGGACUGUUAUUUACUAAGCACCAAGCAUA